GUUUAGUGCAUUGUGUUUUUCUGAACCUUAAGCUACCCAAAUUUGUUCGUGGUUCAGUGUGUUCCGCUAAAUUCUAAUUUCAAUUUUGUUUUCCUAAAAUUAUUGUGAAAAAUUCACACCAAUUCUCAAAAUCCUCGUACUACUACAAUGUCAUACAUCUUUCUGUUCGAAGUUAUUGUCGAUGAUUUGAAUAUCUUUUCGGACAGUCGAAAUUCGCUCGGUCAGAAUGACCCCGGUACGGCACGGCAGGAACUGUGCGUUCGUCUGCAGCUUGCCAGCCUGGUACGGUGUGAGGUGUGUGAGAAAGAUUUUGGCUCCGCGCUAGACAUCGAGGUUCGUAAAACGGGUGAAAACUGUCUCUUCGCUUACAAUCCCUCGUCCGAGCUGAUGGAAGAGCAAUCGCUCGACUUGCGAAUAUCGGCCCACGGAAAGGGUCCCGAUGGGAGCAAACGAUUGAUCGGUAGCUGGAGGGAACCGGGGCAUGAAAUGUUGGUCGCAUUGGCCCAGGCGUACGACCUGCAGAAUGGUACACCGGCUCAGGACAACUCCAAGGAAUCGUUGGCAUCUGCCGAAUCGCUUACAGCAGAUGCCAAACGAAACAAACCCGUUUUGAACACACUGAAAGCAAUGUAUCCGCUGGAAGCUGAAUCGAACGGUAGCAACAACAACAAUACGGUCGUUGGGUUCGUCGUUCUUACCAUCCGAAUGUCUUGCCUUGGACCGAACAUCAAUCAGAAGGUACUGUUCGGAGGGCGUGAUCUGCAGCAGCAACCGGUCACUUGCUACAAGGUGCAAGACGAACCGGUCGUACAGUGUGUGACGCUCGAGGACCAGGACGAGCAGCAGCUGGUAUGUCCGAAGGGAAGCCUUGCCAGCAUUGUCGGAACGGCCAUCGAGCCGGAAGUGCAACCGUACGAUGAGUAUGCGGCAGAACUGAACGGGAAUGCCAUCUGUAUCCGGGUGGAGAAGGACGCCAACAUUGCGGUUAGCCUUGACGGAGAGGAAACUGACGGUUGCACCAAAGGGUGUUGGACCUCUCUUACCCUUCCGGAUGGAGUGUACGGACUGAAGGAGGAAUACGUACGCCGGGAAGCGAACAACUGCCAGCUGCCCGUCAUCCGCGGCACCCUCAAGUACCCGGCGUAUCAUUGGGCGGGCGAUUUUAUGGUCGCUAAAAAGACAACGCCCGUUACGGUGGACGACUACCGGAAGCGGCCCGAUCCUACGCGUACCGUCGGGCUGCAAGCGCUCCCGCCCGAUCAGCUCGAGCGAGACUGUGCCGGCAUCGAGAUCUGUCGCAAGGGAUGGCACGAUCCGAAUGUGGAUGUGUUUGUGCUGAAGCUGGGCAAGAACAAGCGCACCACCGCGGCGGAUGGAAAUCCACGCAACGAGGUGGAAAUUGAGCUGCGAACACCGCGUGGCCCAUCGCGUGAGAUACGGCCAAAGGAAACGAGGGGGGUGCAGGUGAUCGAGGCCGAGUUUGAACCGGCCCGGGAAAUGCAAAAGCCGGCCGCCGGUGAAGGUGGUGAACCGACCAAGAAAGCGAAGCCCGCCGGCAAGAAAGGCAAAAAGAAAUAGAAACAAAACGCAGCAAGACAGAGACAGACACACAAA